AUGCAUAAGAGCUGGCCCUUCCGAAGACGGAAGAAUCACCACUGCCAACUGAGUCCCCUCGGAGUGACCGUCAUCACAACGCUCUUCCUCACUUUACUGCUUCUUCUUUCCAUAUUAAAACAACCAAUUUUCGUAAAGCCUUCAAAGGGGCAACCCAGUACUGCAUUUCCGCCUACACAGGAUCCAGAAGCACCGGCCUUCAUCUCGAAUUAUACGUGCGUUCCCGGACAGCAAUGCUGGCCUUCAUCUGUCGAAUGGAGUGCUUUCAACCAAAGCAUUGGAGGAAGACUGAAGACUACAAUUCCAUGGGCUGCACCAUGCUAUGCAGGGUCAGGAAGCAAGGAAUGCCUGGCCGUUGUGGAGGACUACAUGAAUGGUGUCGCCCGGACUAGGCAAUAUGGAUCCAUGGAAUUCCUGGAUUGGGAGACCUGCGGGGAAUCUAGCUGCACCCUGAAUUCCUUCUCCCCAUCCUCACCUGUUCCAGGGACCUGCUCGUUAGGACGUUUAUCGACCUACUAUGUGGAUGUACGGAGUCCCCAGGAUAUCAGCGCAACGCUCAACUUCGCCAGAGAACAUGGAAUUCGCAUAUCAGUCAAGAACACUGGACAUGACUACUUUGGUCGCAGUAAUGCGGCCAAUUCGCUGGCCAUUUGGACGCAUAACAUGAAGAAUAUGGCAUAUCACAUAGUGUUGCAGCCCAAGGGGUGCAGAACAGAGUAUCGAGACAUCGGUGAAAUAGGUGCGGGCGUGCAAGCCCAAGAAGCCUGGGAAUUCUUCGAGCCUCUGGGCAUGAUGGUCACUGUUGGCGCCGUAGGCUCUGUCGGCAUUGCUGGAGGGUUUGGCCAAGGAGGCGGUCAUGGUCCCCUAGGUCCAAUGUAUGGAUUGAUGGUCGACCAAGCGGUUGAGUUCGACGUGGUCACUGCAGAUGGCCAGCUCAGGACCAUCAACGAGUGCACCGAUCCGGACCUCUUCUGGGCCAUGCGAGGAGGCGGCGGAGGAACUUAUGCGGUUCUUACUUCCUACAAGUUCCAGCUGCAUCGGGCGGUUCCGCUCAAUGUAUACAGUUUCCAGGCGGAUUUCCCAGCACCGGACGGAGAGCUCAACAUCACCCAAUCCAAAGUCCACCGCGACAUCAUUCGCGCUCUGGCCUCGAACCAGACCCUCUUCGCCCAGCAUGGCAUUGCAGGCUACAAUUUCUUCCUUCCGGACCACAUGGUCUCUAUCCUCGUGCAACCCAACGCCGACACAACACAAGUGAAGCAGCUCACCGCCCAAUGGCACGACUUCCUCACUUCCUACCCAGGCCUCAACAUCACAGAAAGCGCCUACCACACAUUCCACAAGUUCUCCGACUGGCACUUCUUCACCCAAACCCCCUCCAUCGCCCGCAACGGCCCGGUCGGCAUUGGUAUCUCGGAAUCCGGCCGUUUGCUCCCCAAAACGCUGUUCCAGACUCCAAGCGACAUUGACGCUGUCGUUGAUGCCGUACUUGCUGCGAUGCAGUUAUCCUAUGAAAAUCAUGCUGGCGGUGCUGCGCAUUUAUAUGCCACAGGCCCGUUCAACACUCCCGACCUUGCCCGCAAAUCAAGCGUAAAUCCAGCCUGGAGAGACGCUCUGUGGCACGUCAUUAUAGGCGGACUCUGGACGCACACCACGUCCCCGAAACUCAGAGCCCAGAUUCAAGACACGAUUAGCAAAGCGAUACAGCCAUUCAAGGACCUGACGCCGGGAGGUGGUUGUUAUAUGAAUGAAGGGGAUUGGAUGGAGGAGGAUUGGAAGAGGACCUUUUUCGGAGAGAGUUAUGAGAUGUUGGAGCGGGUGAAGAAGAGGUGGGAUGAAGGGGGAUUGUUUAAUUGUUGGAAGUGUGUAGGAUGGACGGGGUAUGAGGAUCCGAUGUAUUCGUGUUAUUCACAGAGCAAGAAGACUCCGAGACCGACGAUUCCGCUUGGACCCGUUGAGUAA